AUGCGUGGCAUUCUACCGCCGGCGGCUGCGCGAGUCUCGAUCGCGGCUUCGACGGCUGCCCCGAUCUCGACCGCCGUCGCCCCUUUCUCCAAAGAGUCGACGUCAGCCGUUAAGCGGCAACGAAUUCAAGAUCAUUCGAGCGUUCAUGACGAUCGAGUGAUCUUGAAUGUAUCCCGCUUCCCUCGUGCGUUCACUAUUGUCGUGGAUGACUUCAAAAGCUGCAAGGACCCGGACGCGUCGGCUUUGGCCUUGUUCUCUCAACCUUGGGGUGCGACAAUUGAGACUUUUGUCCGCGAUCGAUCUGUCACCCACACGCGCACUGUGGCGAAGGACGUUAUCGCCUUGCUGCAAGAUGCCCACGUGGUCAUCGUUGCCGAUGGAGCCAAAGACCACGCCGCUUGUCUACGCGCCGUUCAGCGCUUCUUGGACAAGCAAGGCUAA